AUGGCGAAUAAGAAAACACGUGGUCCGGAUAAAGCUAAAACUAAUACAGACAAUAUUGUUGUUAAAAGACAAGAAGAUGCACCCGACAUUGUUAAACAACCUCCGGUUUUUACCGACGAUUCAAGUUUUGAUAUCAUUGGUUUGGGUAUCAAAGAGGAGAAUAUUCUCUACUUGUGUGACACCUCUGGAGACGUUAUUGAAUGGGAUAUAAAAGACGGAAAACUACUGAAGAAAACUUCAGUUGCAGUUGAUGGCAUGAAAAAAUUCUGUUCUUUUUACUAUCCAGGAAAUGGCAUGUUUCUGUUAUCAACUCCAGCAAAAAAUACCAACGGUUCCUCUCUUUGGAUUGUCAAUAGCACAAGUGAAAGGGAAAUUUUCUCUGAAGAUAUUAGAAAAGAACCCCAGUCUGUUGCAUUUGGCUGUGAUCAAGGAAAUGGAUCACUGGUUAUAGGGGCCUUGAAUUACCAAUGUAAUGGUGUGUUGGUCAAAGACAUGAAUAGUGGAGCUGAGAAAAAGCACAUGACAGACAAGAGAAAGUUCACUUGUAUUGCUUUGCACAAGGAAAAACUUAUAAUGGCCACAGGAGAUAUCUCCGGCCGUAUUCUUAUUUGGCAUGACUUUGUUAAUCAGAUCAGACCAGUGAAGACUGUGUAUCAUUGGCACACACUUGCUGUUUCCUCGGGUGAAUACCUUUACAGUGGAGGAUCUGAGAAAGUAAUGGUCAAGUGGCGACUUGAAGCUAUACGUAUAAUUGAUUCGACCAACAAAAUCAAUCGGGCCAUUUUUGGUGGGUUGGUCAAACACGAUCCGAUCCGUGGUCUUGAAGAUGGUGAAUCAAAGAAAGAAUCGGUGAUGCCUACUGGUCUGGUUUUUGAUCCACGAACCCAAGGAAUUUUCUUCAAUUCACAAGCUGGAUUCCUCCAGCUUUUUGAUCCUCUGAGAAGUUCCAUGAUUUACAAUAUGGACAUUGCCAAUCGCAACGUUCUGACUGACGAACGAAACACCAUCAUCGGUAACGCCGAAGUGUUGCGAGUUGCUGUGUCACCCACAGGAGACUUCCGUAAAAUGAUGCCAACCGCUGCAUCCUUUUCGGAAGACGGCUCGUUACUGGCCAUUGCUUUUCAAGACACUGUUACUUCAUGGGAUCCAAUGACCAUCAACCUCAACACGACUUUAAGCCAUAACCUUAUUGAAGGUAGAAGCUGA